CUGGGACAUCGGCGCGCGCGUGUGUGUGGUUCUAAAUGGGCCUAGCGCCGAGCUUUAAUGGGCCUACUCGAACAAGCCCGCCACGGUUGUUAUCUCUUUUCUCCCGCAGAAAAAAAUCGAAAUAAAUCCUGCAACUGUUCAAGAAAAAGAAAAAACUCCAACCUUUCCCUUUCCUCCGCGAUCCGCCGAUCCCCAACCCCCAAUUCCGACGUCGUCCCGCGGCCGAGCCCCAGCAUCGCGAGAUCGCUGUUCCCGCCGGCGGAGUUCUCUCUCGCCGCAUCACGCCCUAGAUUUUUCGAGGCGAAGGUUGACAUCUGGGAAGAACUUUUGUGACGUGCUCAACAAUGUAUCUGAUAAACACCUGACCCAGGAAUUAAGCAGGACAUACCUCUGUUUCCAUUUAGAUCAUUUGUUAUCUGCAAUAGCGCCCCUUGUUCUUUUCACCAGCGCAUUGCUUACACAUCUCAGCGUCAGAUUUACUAGUACAAGAUGCCCAUGUCUGGCAGUCAGACACAAUCUAGCGACUAUGAGCUUCUUGCCAGCCAACCCGAUGCUCAAUGCCUAGUUUGCACGAGACCUUUUACUUUGGAUACUGAGGUGACCAAUAGCUUUGAAGCUUUAGCUAUAUGCAGGGAAUGCAAGGCUACUGUGCUUAAUGAUAGUCAAAGAGAUGUAACAACCAGCACUAGUCAGCAAAGACGACAAAGAAGGCGGAGAUCUAGGACUGCAAGUCUUGAAUCUAAUGAGGAUGCAUUCUCACAGCAGUUUUCCCAACUGAUCAACUUAGCUAGACAGGGCCAUGAAGCAGAUAUUGAUUCUCCGACCGUUGUGCGACAGCUGGCAUCUUAUAAUUCUACACCGAACCAGUCCCAAAGGUGGCAUGCUUCAGAUGAUGAGAGUGACGGUCUCAGUUAUGCUGAUUCUGUGUUUGACGAGCUUGAAUCAAACAUCAGUUUUGGGGACUAUGGCGGGGAGUCAGAUGCUUCUCUAGGUCAACAUAGCAUGAUGGGAAGGGAGAUUACCAUUCAACUUGACAACGAGAGUUACAUGAAUACCGAUACAGAUAUUGAUCCCAUGAAUGCUGGAAUGGACCUGUGGGAUUCAGAUGACCAAGAGGAUGAAGAUGUGCAGUUGGAAGAAUCUGAUUUUGAUGAAGCAGUUGAUGCCAUGCAGCAGCACCAGCAGCAAUCACGUGGCAUUGGCCCCAGUGAAUUGACUGGGUGGGAGUCUGAAGAUGGGGUAUGGACUUGGAGAAGUCAAAGAGCAAAUAUGACCAACUUGAUGGCAGACAUGGAAGGGCCAGAUGUCAGGACACCUUUUGUUGGGAAUCCUGGUGAUUAUGCUGAUGCAAGACAGUUUGAGAUGAUUCUUGAACAAUUUGCUGAGGACGACAGUUCCAGAAGAGGAGCUCCACCUGCAGCGACCUCUUUCAUUGGAAAUCUUCCCUCUCUGGUUAUCUCCACAAGCCAUGAGGCAGAUGGCGCUGUGAUCUGUCCAGUCUGCAAAGACCCGAUGCCUCUCAGAACUAGAGCAAAACAGCUACCAUGCAUGCAUCUAUAUCAUUCGUCAUGCAUCUUGCCGUGGCUUAGUUCCAGGAAUACAUGCCCAGUUUGCCGAUAUGAACUUCCUACAGAUGAUCCAGAAUCCGAGAGGUCCGAGCGAGCUGCAACAAAUGAAAGAGAUGUCCUUGGGGUGGAGGAACACACCCAUCUGCAGGAAAUUGGUGAAGAAGGUUCUGAUGAACCUGGGGCUGAAGAAACUCAGGACAUGUUUAAUGAUGCAGUGGAAGUGACUAAUACAAGUGAACAUGGUGUUCAUGUUGCUGAGCAGUCAAACAGAGCAUGUGCCCACCGUCGAUGGCUGUUUAUUGCAGUUGCCCCAGCAUCUGAAGACUCAAGAUGCCUCCAGACUCCAGUUCACCUUAUGUUAGAAAUUUAACCAGCGCUGGCUGUGAGGUAUUUCUCUAUUUGUUGAUGCUCAUGUAUAGGUUUGUCUUGUCCCUUUUGCUUUUCCAUAAGUAGCUCUUGCCUAGCUAAACUAGCUGCUUGCAGCAUGAGUGCAUGACUGCUGCAGAGGUAUUCAGGUAUAGGCCUCCUUUGGUCCAUAGGAUAGGAAUAUCAUUGUAAAUAGGAAAAUCAUAGGAAGUGAGAUGACAUGCACCUCAAUUCCUAUAGGGAAAGAGAUGUCAUUUGAUGCAUAGUAUCUCUGUUUUUAAGGCGUCCCGCCUUGGACGCUUAGGCGACGCUUAGGCGAUAAGGCGCCCCGCCAGCGCCUUACAAAUAUGCCCGCCUUAGGCGCUUAGGCGUCCGCCUUAGGCGCUUAGGCGUCGCCUAGGCGAUAAGGCGCCCCCCCAGCGCCUUAGAUCGCCUUACCGCCUUAAAAACAUAGCAUAGUAUAGGAAUUUUUCCAUUGAGUCUAGGCCUCAUUCAGUUUGGAGGAUUUUUAUAGAAAAACGCAGGAACAAGGAUUUCAUAGGAAAAUUUCCUAUAGAUGCAUUCGGUUUGUAGGAAACGCGUACGGGAAUUUCGUAGGAAUACUAUUCAUUUCCUGUGUUUUUGGAGGAAUCUACACAUCCACUCAAAGCUCAUUUUGUGCGUAGGAAUGAGGCAAGACAAUUCCUUAGGAUGGCAAGUGCAUCCUAUCAAAUUCCUAUACUACUCCUAAUUCCUACAUUUUGGUUUCCUCCAAACCGAAUGAAUGUGUCUUUUCCUUUGAAAUGUGAAGGAUUGAUUCAUAUCCUAUGUAGGAAUAGGAAUCCAUUCCUACAAACCAAAGGGCUCCAAAGAAAGUUUUCCUUUAAACAUCUUAUCCUACAGAAUUCCUACAAACCAAACGAGGCCAUAUAUUUUGUGGUAGCUUGUAUGUUUUCAUGAGGUAAAACAGGGCAGGGAAUAGUACGCAAGCAGAAGGCAGAAACCAGUUUUCUACCAUCCUACUGAUGAAUAGACACCACCAUGCAGUGAAGAUCAAUGAAGGCUGUCUACUGUUGCCUUGUGAUCUGAAAACAAUGUUUUAACAGUGAGAAAUGAAUAAAUUAGGAAAAUAAGAAGUGACAUUCAUUUCAGAAGAGUAGGCGUAUGAAGGAGCUGAGCACUAAUUACCUCCCAUCUCAAACUCUUGUUGACUUAUAUGAACUGUAUGGUAAGUCUACAGAGUAGAUGUGUAGUAAGGGAAGGAAUAAAUGGUCCCAAGCCUAUGUAACUCUAUGGCAACACCCAGCAGAUGAAGAGGAUCCACAUGAGGCCAUUCCAGAUACAUUCUAUUACCUUACCUCAUUUCCUUCUCUAGAGGAAGACUCGAUGCAUGCAUUUGCUCUUGUAUGUGUAUGUAUGCCUAUACUUAGAGUCUCAGAUUCACAAGGCCGCAACACAUCUGCAACGCCACCCAACUGCGUCAGUUCAUUGACCUUUGGUUGCUUCUCAGAAAUAUUCAGCUUUCAGAUGUGGCCGACAAAAUUUCUUGGAAGUGGACUCCUGACUUGAAGUACUCGGCUAGCUCGGCUUAUCUGCAGCAGUUCACUGGUUCUUUUGCAGCCACCAAUGUCUAGAAGCUAUGGAAGGCUAGAGUUGAACCCAAGUGUAGAUUCUUCAUUUGGCUAUGGCUUUGGGAACACAUCCUCACCAACGACAACCUUCUGAAGCGGGGCUGGCCGAACAAUGGCCCUUGCAACCUCUGCGAUCAACAGCCUGAAAUCCCUGCACAUUUGCUGCUCCAUUGCUCCUUCGCACGCGAGGUUUGGCACCUGACUGCGGAUUGGCUUCAGCAACCGGCACUCAUCCUGCCUAUCGACUCCUGCUGCUCCCAGGUGUCUGUCUAUGGCUGCUGGAACAUUUGGAAGGAGAGAAACAGGCGAGUCUUUCAAAAUUCUAUCUGCUCGGCUGAUCAGGUGCUUAGCAUGUCAAAUCGAAUAUGGCCCUUGCUCACUCCUCCAUUACUUGAGACACCUUUGGUGAAAACGAGCCAGAGCCCGAGCCGGAUUAGUUUUGUAUGCUUUCUUUCUUUUCUUUAGGAAAACUACUUUCCCUGUCUUGUAACUGACAAAUCUAAGACAAGUAAUAUGGAUCGGAGGGGGUAACUGACAUUAUGUUGCUUCCCCUUUGAAAUGCAUCGGCAGUACAACUGCCUGUCCCUUAAAAAAACAAUAUGAUCACCAUCACUUGCUGCAUUUUGAAAUCCUUGAGUUUAGCGGCACAUCAAAUAUUCAAAUCUAGAUUCUACAUCUGCUUCAUACAACUUCGGCAAACAAAGUUCCAAGCACAUUAUUGCUUAAGCGGAUAGUCAAUAAGCAUACCUUUAUUUAAAUUGAGCAUGCCCAUACAGGUGAAAGCACAGUUUAAUUUUCGGAUCCUUCUUGUUUACCAUUCAUGUUCACUGUUCGGGUAAAAGAUCAAUUUCCCACAUACGUAGUUUGUGAGAUGACUACUUCAUAUUUGUAGCGUAUUAUUAGAUGGUACUCCCUCCGUUCCAAAAUACUUGAAGUUUUAGGUUUGUCCUAACAUUUUUAAGUUUGACCAAGUUAAUAGAAAAAUAUACCAAUAUCUACAAUAUCAUAUUAGUUUCCUUAGAUUCAUCAUAAAACAUAUUUUCAUACUUUAUAUAGUUGAUGUUGUAGACGUGAUAUAUUUUUCUAUCGACUUGGUCAAACAUAAAGAUGUUUGACUUAGGAAAACCUAGAACUUCAAGUAUUUUGGAACGUAGGAAGUAGUACUCAGUGUGGAUUAGGUUCCACUUGCAAUGUUUUGAUCUUGUGUGAGCAUGCUUUUUGUGUCCAGA